UUUACACUGAAAUUUACGAUGGUCAUAGAUGAGAAGAGUGUUCAACAUCCUCCUCCAGAUCUUGCGGAGGACAUGAGUGCCGUCAGGGUCGAAGUAGACGCAGAAAACACCGGCGAAGGAGACCUUCCGACAUAUGCAGAGCUACAACAAGCAGCGCCACCGAACUCGAGGUUCGGACGCUGGAGAGAGUGGAUAGACAAGCGUUCUGCUGAACGCUUUGCCGACCAGACGCCAGAGGAACGACGCGCACGGCAGGAACGCUUGGGCUGGGGAGAAAAUCUUGUUGCUUCUCCCACCGAUGUCAGCCCACAGGCGGACGAACAUAUCGCCUCAUCGAGCUUCCAACCUACCCCACCCGAACUGCAAUCACCACCCUCAUACCCGCAACCACCGCGUUUAGGCGAUCCUCUACCGCCCACCCAAGCAGCUCUUUACACCUUUGGUUCCCGCUUCCUCUCCCAUUCCAGACACCACAUUUGCUGCCUCCUACCUGUCGCACGUGACCACUUCCUGCUCAUUGGGACAACCGAAGGUCUUUCUGUACUCAAUGUUCUCCCGCGGCUACAUGGGGAGGAGCCACUGGGUGUGUCGGCCGGACUAGAUGGCGCCAAGACGCGAGAACUGUGGAGGGGCUGCGGGGUUGUGCAGGCCGCCUUGCUCGAGGAUGCGAGCGGCAUCAUGGGAGGAGAUCCUGAUCAAGGGAUCGUCCUUGCGCUUGUUACGACAACACAUUAUGACGCAACGGGUCGCUGUGAGACCGUGCGACAACUGAGGAUGUACAAACUGUCGAGCUUGGUCAGUCUGAUUAAAUGGACUGUUACCCAAAAGGAGUGUGUUCCAAUAGAGCUUCCUAAGUCCGCGUCUUGGGACAGCCCGUCUACAAAGAAGCAGCGAAAUCGUCUGAGCAACUUGAUAAACCUACUAGCCGAAGGGCCAGAUCACGCGCCUCGACCUUCUUCUCCUCAACCCGCCUCACCUUCUCGCUCCCAGUCCGUCCGUUCGCGCCCACAGCCUCCUGUCGGCAGGUCUUCGUGGGACAAUAUGGACGAUCUUCCUCUUCAAUGGGCAACCGACUACCAGCCGUUUCAGCACCCCAAAAUUGCGGGUGCUAAUGUCCUCUUCUUUGAGCUCUGGAAAUCGGACGACAAUGGAAACUAUGGACGCACCAUGCUGGCGGUUGGGACGCCCAAGAGCAUCGUCCUCUUUGAGGCACCUCGAGGCGAACGCGCAUUUACAUUUGUGAAGGACUAUUAUACCCCACAUCCACCUAAGAGCGCCAAAUUUAUUCACCAAGCAGUUCCUGAAACCACUUCCCCUGCACACCAUCAUACCCUUUCUUCUCAUAGCAAAGAGAGCAUGCGUUCCGAACACGGGUCGAUUAGAUCCACGCGCAUUCGUCGCAUCUCCCUUCCAGGACAAACCACGCCUCAGCUCAGCCUGUUCAUUACAUUCGAGAAGAAGGCAGUCGUCGUCCGGCUCAGCGACGCGGCGGUUGGAGAAGUUGAUGUCUAUUCGGACGGCGGACCUGCCGAUCUUUCACCCACACAUAGUCUAUCUGGUCAUGGCAAUAAGUUGCAUAAACACAAUUCCGACGCUGGAAAAGAAAGCAGGCCUCUGUGGGCGCCACUCGUGCCGCUAUACUUGCCCAUUCCAACCCCAUUACCUUCAACUUCCCAGUAUUAUGCACCACCACCUGAGCGUGUAUACUACCUCAUCACGCGUGGCAAUCAUACGUACGCUUAUCCAACACCUUUACCCAUCCCUGUCAGUGUGUCGCAGGCAUCGUAUGUGCACACUUGGACCGCGCCACCUAAUCAAGUCGCUGGCCGCGUUAUUCUGGGUCCGGACGGUGCCGCCAAUCUUCAGCUCAUCAGCUUUGGCAAUGGAGUGGAAAUCCAGGAGAUCCCCGUCGCCGACAUCAUCUCUGGCCAGCAGAACAAGUCUCUUGGACGCGCUGCUGGCAAACUCAGGUCACCUACAGCAAACACGCGCUGCACAAUUGUGCACGAAGGCUUCCCCGCGGGAUACCUUUGCUCCGGCGGGGAAUGGAACAGGUUGGCUGCUACCGGAAAUGCGUGGAGGCUUCUAUCCACUCGACCGCCGGUCCAGAGAAAUAUGUCGGACGACUCCUUGGACGACAGAUCGCGUGUGUCAGAUGCUGGGGUGUACGCUUGGAUACAGAAGGACGUAGAAGAUUAUCGCGUGUUUUGGCUUGGAUCGAAGGACUCCGAUGUCUGAGGCGAGGCUGUAGCAAUCCAUGAUCUGCUCAUUUCACUGUAACAUACGC